UUGGAUUGAAAUUUGAACCAAUGUAAACCGGGGGUGGGACAAUACGCUUGACAGAUUUUACGUUUGCUUCAGUAUUCAGUUCAGUGGUUCUUGUCUUUGUUUCUGUGGCACUCUGUUUUGUGUAAAAUAAUUGUAUAAAGAAAAAGGAAUUUCUUUUUUUUUCAACUUUAUUGAAAAUAUUAAAAUAAAAUAUUAACAAUUUUUGUAUACAUGUUAUCAAGAGUGUUUAAUUUAGCUUCUAAAGUUAUGAAGUCGAAAGUAAUUUUUAUAAAUUUACAUCCAGUCUAUACCCAUCAUCCAAAUUGCCUACGCUGAGGAAACAAAAAUCGAUUAAACUAAAAUUCGGUAUAAUCGCAUCUCAACACCUCAAAAACAAUACAUAUUUUAAUCGAAAAUAAUGAGAAGAAAUCACAUAAAGCAGUAGCAGCUUUGUGUUCAAUAAAAGAUACCACCCGAAAAAUAUAUCAAAAAUAAAAUAUAAAGAAAAACUUCGACAAAAAAAAACGAAGUAUUAACUUCGUAAGUAAGAAAAAGUUGAAGGAUAGCUAGCUGCACGGUAAUUUCGCAAAGGAAUACACAUCACUGCAUCGCUCGCUGAUUCGAAUCACUUAUAUUUUGGAGUAUAGAUUAUUGUAAAUGGAAUUAGCGAAGAAAAGGAUGAAAAAUUAACACACGAUGGUUACUUUAAUGGAUUGACUGAUCAAAAGAAUCAGGAUCAUGAAUUCGAUGGCGUGAAAGGAUCGGAUUAAGCUUAAAAUUAUCAUUUUCAACCUAUUUUACAAAUAAUGAAGAAAGCAAAUAAAGCUAAUGAACUUACAAAACUAGAUGAAAUACAGACUGAACCUAACAAACAGAAAAUCAGGUAUAAGGGUGGUCGGGCACCUAUUUUCAGAUCCAGUGACCGAAGAAGACCACAAAGCAUAUCAUCUGCCACAACCUUAACUCCACGUGUGGUUCUUUCCAGAUUAGAACCAAGAGAUUUUGAGCGCUUACGCUUGUCGUACAAAGUAACUAUACUAGACCAAAGACGAACACGUAACAAUCGAUCUGGCAUGAACAUGGGACAAAAAAACAGUGCAGUUGUUAAAAGUGUUAGUCGCGGAGAUGCACAAGUUCCAUUCAAACCGGUCAUACCACGUGAACUCGCAGCCGAAUAUGUUAAGCCAGCUCGUAUUGAAAUUUUACUUGAUAUGCCUCCAGCUAAUCGCGAAGCACAACUCAAAUACGCUUGGAAUGCCGAGGAUAGAUCGCUGAAUAUUUUUGUAAAAGAAGAUGAUAAAUUGACAUUUCACAGACAUCCUGUCGCACAGAGCACAGACUGCAUACGCGGAAAAGUAGGCUUCACAAAAGGUCUUCACAUUUGGGAAAUAUAUUGGCCAACACGGCAGCGAGGCACACACGCUGUUGUAGGUGUAGGAACUUCGGAAGCACAAUUACAUUCAGUAGGUUAUCAAAGUCUAGUUGGUGCAUCAGAUCACAGCUGGGGAUGGGAUUUAGGUAGAAAUAAACUUUAUCAUGACUCCAAAAACUGUGCUGGAAUAACUUAUCCAGCGAUACUCAAAAACGAUGAAGCAUUCCUAGUACCCGACAAAUUUUUAUUAGCACUUGAUAUGGACGAAGGAACACUUAGUUUUAUAGUAGACCACGAAUAUUUGGGAGUAGCUUUUAGAGGAUUGAAAGGAAAGAAACUUUAUCCAAUAGUAUCUGCAGUUUGGGGACAUUGCGAGAUAACAAUGCGAUACAUUGGUGGUUUAGAUCCUGAACCAUUACCCUUAAUGUAUUUAUGUAGGCGUGUGAUACGGCAGAAUUUAGGACGGACGCAUUUAGAAGAGCGCAUACAAGAGCUACAACUGCCACACUCGAUGAAAACAUAUUUAUUAUAUAGGGAUUGCAGAUAGUAACAUAUAAGUUUUGACAAUAAGAUAUUAAAUUUAACUAUAAUGAUAAUGAUAACAGUAAUCAUAAGAAAACCAGAUGAAAAUUAAGAUUAUAAUUUACACUCAUAAAAAAUCACAUGUGUGCGUUGUAAUAUGCAUAGUUAAUAUAUGUGUAUGUGUAUAUGUAUUUAUUAUAUAUAUAUAUACAUAUAACAAUAUAUAAUGAUAUGUAUAGUGUAAUCGGGUAAAGAAUUCUAAAAAUAUACGCUAAAGAAAAUUAAUUUUCUCAAUCUCUCGAGUUCAAAAGUAUUUAUGUAUGCUUUUAUAAUUUGUAAAAAUUUGGAAUACAUUAUUUUUUAGUUCAUAUAACGGA